AUGUGUAAAGACUGUCCUCCUUUAUGCUCUUGGGAAGAGGGAUAUCAAGAUAAUCGAGAUCCACGCGAUGGAACCCUUGAGAAAUUCAGCCUCCUUCCUGUAGAAGUUCAAUGCGCGAUCUUCAAGGGGGCGUUACCAAGCCCCCAAGUCAUCGAUCUGGCGUUUAAAAUUUCCGAAAACCGCGAUCACAGUGCGCGAAAAAUAGUUCGACAGCUGGAGGUUUGUAUACCCACAAAUCCCAGCAUGCUCCCAUUACUUCAAGCCUGUGCCGCUUCGCACGCUGAGGUAUAUCGAAACGUUAAGAAAAUCGAAAUCACAAGGCUGGGAACGAAAGUUUACUUGCCACUCUGGAACUCAGUACUGGGGAUACCUCCGCACAUUCGUAAUUACGGAGUCGUAAACCGUUUGAAAGCAUCUACGAAGCCUAACACGAGAGCUUAUACUUACAUGAGAACAGAUGAAGAUAUCCUCAUGUUGGAUGCCGCUAAAGUCUUCACCUUGUACAUCUAUGGUGGUACCAUUCUGAUGUCCAAUAUCAAGUACCUAGCGCUCCAGAAUGCCUCCCUUGAUGGCAUGAGCUUGGAUACUCCGGGAGACAUGCUUGGUGUACAAUAUGAGGUUUUGCGUCUGCACCUUUUUUUCAAUAUUAUCCGUCUACAUUGCCCCGCACUUUCAAAAAUGUAUUUCCUCAUUGACGGUCGCAAUUAUUUUCAUCCUAACGAGCCUCCCGUUGAGAGUCAAAAAUUGGAAUUACGGAUCCUUGAUAUGGACAGCGAAUUCUUUAUUCAAGACUUUAGUGGUAUGGGAGCGGCAUACACGGCGGAAGGAGAAUGGGCAACAGCAGCGAGAUUGAGUCUUCAGAGUGACGCUAAACACACAAUGAGAGAUUGUAAAAACUUCAGAAAAGCUAUCGGUCGAAACCUGGCGCAGAAUAGAGACCUCGAACCGGUUAUAGGCAUAAUGGGCUGGUUCUAUGCAGAUGCCCAAGAAGACCCCUCGGUCGUUCCUCUUCCUCGAAUGUGUGUACCAUCUAUUUUAGCGUGGUUACCGGCCCAUGCUGAUGGUACCAUUGUGGAUAAGUACAAAGGAAUGGCGCAGAUUUUUGACGGUGCUCCGUGGUAG